AUGAGUAGAAAUUAUCCUGAAGUUGAAGAUGUUAGUAGUGAUGCUGAAAUUGGAGUAGAACAAAAUGAUAUGAAUGUGGGUGUGGGAGACUGUGUGAAUGAGGGAGAUGAAGUGAAUGUGGAAGAGCGAGAUCAAGCGGUGGAAGAUGGAGUUAAUGUGGAAGUGGAAGUAGAAGAUGGAGAUGAAGUCAAUAAGAUUUCCAGUUCGAGUAGUAGUCUUAUUGAACCAUUCGUUGGGAAGGAAUUUGAUGAGGUUGAAGAUGCUCAAGCAUUUUACAAGGCGUAUGCAAGACGAACGGGUUUUGCAAUGAGGACCAACCAUACUCGAUUAUCAAAGGAUGAUAGAAAACUAAUUCUAGUAGAGUAUGUUUGCUCAAGGGAAGGAUUUCGGCGUGAAAGUCGGAAGCAAAUAGAACGGAGAAUCCCUGAACCUGCAGAGACAAAGAUUGGGUGUAAAGCAACGAUGUGUAUAAAAAAAGAUUGUCAAAAGUGGACAGUAUGCAAGUUCAUCCGCGAACACAACCAUGAGCUACUUACACCGAGAAGCACUAGUUUGUUUCGUGGACAUAGAGGCGUAACACGUGUCCAAAAAAAACUCAUUCUCACUUUGAAUGAGUCCGGUGUACCAACAAGGAAGAUAAUGUCGGUGUUGAGCAAAGAAUCAGGUGGUGAUUUUAAUGUUGGAUGCAUUGGUAAGGACGUCGAGAAUUUUUUGGGAAAUAAAAGAAGGAAAUUGUUUGAAGAAGGAGAUGCACAAAGAUUGUAUGCGUACUUUCUUGAUAGGCAGUGUAAAGAACCUGGGUUUGUGUAUUCCAUGCAAGUUGAUGAGAAUGGGUGUAUGGGAAGUUGUUUUUGGGCAGAUGCAAGAUCAAGUGCCGCAUAUCAAUAUUUUGGAGAUGUGGUCACGUUUGAUGCGACUUACUUGACAAAUAUCUAUAAGAUGCCGUUCGUGCCAUUUUCAGGGGUGAAUCAUCAUCACCAAACUAUAAUGUUCGGUUGUGCAUUGUUAGUUAAUGAAACAGCUGAAUCCUAUAUUUGGCUAUUGAGAACUUGGCAAGAGGCAAUGCUUGGGCGUGCCCCUUCAACCAUAAUUACUGAUGAUGAUAAGGCGAUGGCGAAGGCCAUUAGUGAGGUCCUCCCAAAUACAACCCAUAGGUUGUGCCUGUGGCAUAUUUUACAAUUUCCAGAACAUUUGGCACAUGUGUAUAACAAGUUUUCGGACUUUCAAAAAGAGUUCCAUCAUUGUAUCCAUGAGACAAUAACUGUUGAUGAGUUUGAGCAGGAGUGGAGUUCAAUACUAGCGAAGUAUGGUCUAGUGGAUAAUGAUUGGCUGCAAAAUCUUUACAACCGAAGGGAUAAGUGGGUUCCAGCUUACUUGCGAACCACGUUUUGUGCUGGUAUGUCAACAACCCAAAGGAGCGAGAGCAUGAAUAAAUUUUUCAAAGAUUAUGUUCGUUCGAGUACAAUGGUGAGCGAUUUUGUGCAUCAAUACGAGAAAGCCUUAGAUGCACGUUAUUUCAAGGAGAAAGAGAAGGACGUGCGCACAAAAUCGACACGGGCGAUUAUGAAAACGUUAUGGAAAAUUGAAAAAGAUGCAGCCUCAAUCUACACAAGGAAGUCUUUCAUGAUCUUCCAGGAUGAGCUAUUCAAUAGCCAACGGUACAUUCCAACCAAAGUUGGGAAAGAUGGUGAAAGUAAGAUAUACGGAGUCACACGGAAUGACAAAGAAUAUCCUAUUUAUCAGGUCACCUUGGAUAGUGGAGAAGUGAAGGCAAUAUGUACUUGUCAUAUGUUUGAGUUUGUGGGGAUUCUUUGUCGGCAUAUCCUAUGUGUCCUUGGGAAGAAAUCGAAAUUAGAUUUGUUACCACAUCAUUAUAUUCUAGAGAGAUGGACCAUCAAUGCUAAGAGCCGGACUAUUCUUGACAUACCAACUUCUGAUGGGCAUGUAAUGAGACAAGAUGAUCCAAUGUUGAGAAAAAGUAAAUUGAUGAUGCAAUUCUAUGAUAUUGCCGAACUUGGCUCACAAUCAAUCCAAAAAUGUCAACACCUCUCUCUUGCCUUAGACAAGGUCCACAAGGAGUUUCUGUCAAUGGAACAAGUUGAAGGAGAAAAAAAUUUGGAAGAUGAAAACAUGUCAUUGAAUGAUUCACAAAUGUUCAAAUCACAAGUCGUAUCAAAUUUUUCACAAGUUUUACAAGAUCCUCCACGGGUGGCAACUAAAGGCCGACCGAAAUCGUUGAGAGCAAAAAACCCAAAGGAGACUCAAACCGCGAAGAAAAGGCGUUGUAGCAUCUGCAAGAUUGAGGGUCAUGCUAAGAACAACUGUCCUUCAGUGAGGUUGUAA